AUGGUGUUGGGGCUGUUGCUGGAGGCGGAAAAUGAGGACCUGCUGCUGGCGGAGCAGCAGCAGGAGCAGCUGUGGCAGCAGCAGCAGCAGGAAGAGAUAAGGCGUCAGCAGCAGCUGCUGGAGAGCGUAGGUGCAGCAGCAGCAGCAGACGUUGCUGCAGGGAUGGCUGCUGCUGCUGCUGCUGCUGCUGAAGCGCGAGACAAAGAGGCAGCGAAACGCAAGCAAGGGGGCCAGGAAACCAGCAGCAGCAGCAGCAGCAGCAGCAGCAGCAGCAGCAAGAAGUUCCGGGUCUACGUAGACCUGCCCACUGACGCUGAAAUUGCCAAUUUGCUGCUGCAGAAGAAGAAGCAGCUGCUGGUUGCCAAAUAUGCUUCGCAGCAGCAGCAGCAAACAGAAAAGGAGACGCGGCGAUUGGUCGCGCUGCCGGACUGA